ACUUCCAACAUGGCGUCUGGUGGCCAGAGGGUCUAUAAUACUGUCAAUGUAACAACCCCUCUGAAUCAGAGUGAACCAGAAAAUACAAGUGAAUGCCGGGUCUGUAAUGAAGUUUUCCGAUUCCAAGGUGACAAGGUACCCCGGUUGUUGGUCUGCGGCCAUACAUGCUGCCACCAGUGUCUCACUCGCCUGCCACUCCAUGGUCGUUCUGUGUUAUGUCCAUUUGACCGACAGCCAACAGAAAUUGGAGAUUCUGGUGUGUGGGGACUCAAGAAAAACUUUGCCCUACUUGAGCUGCUGGAAAAAAUCCAGUAUCCAAAGCAAAGCCAAAACUGGGCCAUUUCAGAAAAAGCUCUGAACCGAGAGGAAGGGUUUGCCAUUCCCUGUGAUGAGAAUGAGCACCAUACAGCGGUCAUCUUCUGUAUAGUGUGCAGCACACAUCUGUGUCUGGACUGUUCGGAGACAUCACACUCCACACGGACCCUGGCCAGACAUAAAAGAGUGCCGAUAUCAGAGAAGCCCCGUGAGAACCCUAAGUGUGUGUUUCAUCCGAUGCACCUGGUUGAGUUUGCCUGUCUGGAAGAGGAAUGCAAAACGACACCCCUCAUGUGCUACAUAUGUAAAGACUAUGGCAGACACACCAAACACAAGCACGCUCUCUUGGAGAAUGAGGCAGAGAAUGUGAGAUCGUCCAUAAUCAGCGCUGUGCAGAGAAUCCGAUCCUUUGCAGAGGAGGUGGCAGAGUCUGCCAGAAAGUUGGGGUCUGUCAUCCAGCACAUCGAGGGGGGACUGCAUGUCAUCACAUCAACUGACGGCAGCUCUUCCACACAACAGAUCCCUGGCACAGCUGAACAGUCUCGGCUGAAGAUCAAACAGUACUUCCAUGAUCUGCGUGAGAACUUGAACCGCCAGGAGAUCGCUGCACUGACAGCAGUGGACACCCACAUUCGGGAGAAGCUGUGCAUGCUCCGACAGCAGCAAGAGGACAUGACGAUGUUGCUGUCCCAGAUCUCCUCUGUCUGUCACCAAUGUGAAGGGGCGCUGCAACAGGAUGACACUAAGGUGUUACUGGCCAAGCCCGAUGUGAAUAACUUACUGGACACAAUACAGAAACAGCAACAACAGUUCCUGGAUCUCCCAGAUCAGCUGGCUCUUGACCCAACCAUUCCCAUCACAUUUACCAAGGACAACCGAGUACACAUUGGGCCCAAGAUAGAGAUGAGGGUAGUGACGCUAGGCCUGGAUGCAGCAGGGAAGACUAGCCUUCUCUUCAAGCUGAAACAGAAUGAGUUCAUACAGACUAUACCUACAAUAGGUUUUAAUGUUGAGACUGUGGAAUACAAGAACUUCAAGUUCACCAUUUGGGAUGUGGGAGGGCAGCAUAAGAUCCGACCUCUGUGGAAACAUUACUACUUUAAUACUCAAGCUGUGAUCUAUGUGGUGGACAGCAGCAACAAGGAGCGUCUGUCAGAGGCCCACAGUGAACUAGCCAAACUGGUCCAGGAGAAGGAACUAAAGGAGGCUUCACUGCUCAUCUUUGCCAGCAAACAGGACAUCGAAGGAUGUGCAACUAUAGAGGAGAUCACUGAGCAGUUUGGUCUGUUCAAGCUGUGCUGUAACAGGAGCUGGCAUAUUCAGGCAUGUGAAGCCAAGAGUGGGUAUGGACUUUGUGAUGGGCUGGAGUGGCUGUCCAGACAGAUGGUGACGGCAGGGGCCCCAGAACUUGCGUGAAUUCUGGAGCAGAUGUUGUGAUAUUGUAGAGUGGCUCUCUAGACAUAUGGUGGCCACAGUGGCUCCUGUGAUGUCUGGUGUGGACACUUUAUGUUGUCUAGUGGCUCUCUAGACAUACGGUGGCCACAGUGGCUCCUGUGAUGUCUGGUGUGGACACUUUAUGUUGUCUAGUGGCUCUCUAUACAAAUGUAUUGCCGAUGUGACGUUAAAUAUUAACUCACUCACUCACUCACUCUAGACAAAUGGUGGCUACAAGGUUGCCUGCACUUGCAUCAAGUCAUAAGUGGACCAUUUGAUGUUGUGGAGUGUUCUCUAGACAGAGAGUGGCCACAGGAGCCCCUGAACUGGAAUAUCUGGUGUGGACUGCGUGAUGUUGUGGAGCGUCUCUCUAGACAGAUAAACUGUAUUGAGUGACUUUCAAGGGCAGUGGUAAUGCACUAAGAAACGUGUUUGUCAGAAUGAAUCAUGUGACCACAGACUGUAUGACUAUCUUGACUGCUUCAAGAAAGAAUGGAAGCAUACUUUUGAUCUAACAUGAUAGCCAAAACAUCAUGGUUUGCUUGCUUGUCUAUUGGCAAAAAGACUGAAGUUGUUGACUGUUCAGACAGUUCUUCCAAUUUGACCCAAAAGCGGACCUCAGCACGUCUUACAAGAAUAAUCUUUCAAAUGAAUUGAGGUUGAACCUUUCUAUUUCCUCCUUUGCACUACAGUGGAGACAUGUCAUCGCUUCUUUGUUUUUGUUGUAAACGUAUUUUAUUUGCUAUGGUGAAACGGAAUGAGUACAAGUUGUCAGUGUUAGAACAUGUCUCCCUGAUUCACAGCUCCACAUGGCCUCACCAGACUGAAUGACUUCACCGGUGGUGUUCACCAGAGGGCCAUUUACAUGUGAGGUCUUGUUAUUAUUUGAACUACUGUAAUGGUUGCUUGUUAGAUUGAGAUAAUAGUGUGAACAUGUGUUUUAACAUGUUAAGGGGUACCUGGUAAUGCUGUGGUGGUUGCAACGGUAUGUUGCUAUACAAAGAUCUGAGGGGGAACUGUUAUGUUGACCAAUUUUCAUUUCACACUUGCCAAGAUGAUUGAAUUUCCAUAUUGCCAUCAUUGUUCCAUAAUUGAUGAGAUUUCCAAGUUUUCAUACUGAUAUUAAUUGAAGUAUUUGGAAUCUCCAAAGUGAUUUCCAUGUCUAGAGGUAUGUAUUUGUGAAAAAUUAUGAAAGUUUCUCUAUUGCAUGGUUAACAUGGUUAGGUAAAGUGGUUAGUUAAUAGACAGCAAUACCUUUCAUUGACAGUCAUAGAAUAUUGUAUAUGUCUGAUAUGAGUUACAUUAAAUUUGAACCUUUUACUCAGAUAAAAUACCUCUCUGUAUGAAAUUGCUUCAGGUGAAUCUUCUGGUCAGCCAGUCACCAUCAAGGUUUCAAAUUACAACUCACAUAUCUGAUUUCUGUAUUUUGAAAACAAGCCAAACAUGCUUAAAUGAUCUUUACCACAUAUGUAAUGACGGUCAGAGUGUUUUAUUGUUGUUGAUAGUGUAUACACCCUGUGGUUUCAGAGAUCCAUGGCAUCCACAUCCACAGUUUGGGCAUAUUUGUGUCCUGCUUGAGUAUUAUCGUAACUUUUAGGAGAUUAACUACACAAAUAAUUGUUACCCUACUUACACAAUGAAAUGGUCAAGAUUCACAACAAUGCUGUAAUUGCAAUGUAUUGACCAUGUUGACUAAAGCUAGAAAUAGGCACCAGCCUGUUGAGUCCAUCUGUAACAUGUUUAACAUCCUCGUUUAUUGUUUUUCCAGGUUCGUAGUAAUAACUUGUUCAACAAUUUUGAGUUGUAUGUCACAUAAUUUGAAAUGAUAUUCAAAGUGGAUAGAUAGUCUUUCCAGCUGUAUCUUCCUUAUAAGGACAGUUCUUGCUCAGUUUGUUACUUUUCCUGUACACUGUCAACGUGAUUUAUUCUUGUCAGCAAAGAUUUAGUUUUUGCUGGUUUAACAAUACUGGUUUAACAGCUGACUUGUUUUUGCAAAUGAUCGUAUAUGUGAAACAGUUUUGGGGAUAUUUUUCAACGUUUUGUGACUGAUGAUCAUGAUUAAAACUGUAGAAGUCAGAAACCAGUCUGUGGUUCUGUGCACACUUGAUGACUGCUAAAGUGUUGUGAGGUGGAAAUUACUGCCAUUGGAGGUCUUGUUUGCAUGGCAAGAUGUUGAUGGGGGGGGGGGAUUCUUUGGUCUGCUUAUAUCUUCAACAGAUGAAUCCUGUUCAUACAGAUAUGUUUAGUUGUUGUGAAUAUUGCUUUGAGUAGAUCUAGUUGUUGAUGCUUGAUUUUGAAGGAGAAUUAAAGUUGACAAGUAUUCAGACGAGUACUCUAGCACAGGUCAAGUGAGUACACAAUCAGGGGAGAUAACUCUCAUCCUCUCUUCUCAAGCAUACAUGUUGCAGUCAUGGUAGAGAAACAGUACAAGAUCUGGACACAGGUCUUGAGUUAAAUAAUGCUGAUAAAAAUGAAAAGAUACUGACUCUUUGUGAAUUACUGAGAAAGAGACUGAGUCAGUUUUCAGAUAUGAGUACCAGUAUUCAAGUCCAUUUUGUCCAACCCAUCAGAGCUUACAGGUAGCUAGACAUUUAGUAGAAGUGGGUGUUUUUUUGUUGUUGAAAUCUUUAGCUAGUGACCGAAUGCUGUAUCGAGGAUACUUUGUCUCUGUGUUAUGUCAUCUCCCAUUAAUCAUCUGUUACAGAUUGUGCUUUUAAUCUCAGGAUUUGUGUGAUUUGUUUAGAAUAGUUAGAACAAGUAUUAGCGAUUAGAAAGCCUUGUAAACACACUUAUGUCUUAUGUCUAACCUUACCAUGCUCAUGGUUAUAUGUGCUGUACAGCAGCUUUGUGGAGUUCAGUGGCACAUCAUCCUGCCACAGUGGUUCAGAGUUACCUCCCUUAGCUGAUAGGCUGCACUGGUAGUGAAUACCAAUCAACGGGGAUGGAAAUUAGCACUAGCCCAGACUAGUUUAGCUGAUGUUAAAGGUUUCCUAAGGACAAGUAGAAUGUGUAACAUGGUAGAAUAUAUUGCUUUAUGUUGUCACUUUCAGGCACGUAGACAUUCCUGCUAAGUUUCCAUUCCUGGACACUGAGGUAUUCAAAAAAGAUAUGGAGGUACCUUAAAACAAUUUUAAUGCUGGUCCCAAGUUCUGUUUCAUGUUUCAUGCUCAUCUGUGUUGCUGAAUGAUGUUCUGGUGAUGUAGUCUUUAGAUUCGUUAAGCCAUUGAUAUCCAGACAUAUCAGGACUGUGUGGGCCAUGUCUUUGUUGCUGCCGAUAUGUUUCAUAAAUGGUUCAUUUUGAAUACACUGUCCAAGUUAUAUGUACGAAUAUGUAUGCUUUUCUACCUUUGUAGUGUCAGAUACUAGUUCUAGCUGGAAAAAUAUAUAGGAUGCAUUAUAUCUGUGAUAUCUUGGAAUAUAUAGAUGGAUAAGCGACUGACCUUGUAGCAUAGAAUGACAUAAUACAAUGCAUCCAAUCAGAGUACUCAUGAUAACAGUGCUGCUGUAUUUAUUCAGUGUUGUAAGUAACCAAGUAGGACUGUUCAAGAUAUUACGAUCAAGUAGAUUUUAGAAAAUUGUAAGAUCAUUAUGAAUCAGUUCUAGUAUUUAGUACAAAAAUGUUUCGCAAACAGCUGGUCUCAUUAUUGAUGUCAGUGGUCUACUAAUCAUGUCAAUAUGAUUUUGCCGCCUUAAAAUAUAGAUAUUGUUUAGGAUUCUAAGGUUUAUCCAUCCAUUGUUUUGGGGCUAAACCUUUGCCAUCCAUAUUUGGCAAGUAUGUUCUUUAUGUAGCUAAGUACCUGGGCCCCAUUCCUCAAAGUGAUCGUAGCGCUAAAACAGUCGUCAAUCUAUGCUAAAGUGUGGGAGUUACGAUCAUCUUAGCGCUACGAUCGCAUUGAGGAAUGGGGCCCUGGUUGUAAUCUGUUCAUGAUCUGACAAUCACUACCAAAACACUUUGUAAUAGUUGCUUAACUGGUUUGAACAUACUGUAUCUUGGUUCCAAUUGUAUGCUGUGAAACAUUUACUUUUGGCUAUACAUAUUGUGCGUAUGCACCCAUCUGUAUGUGUCUUUGAACACCAUGGCUUCUCCUGUAGCAUCACUGGGAAGCAGGCAUGGAGAAGUCAGACUAAGUGCAGCAUGUCACUGGUGAUACCAAUAUGGUGCACAUCAGUUGACUUGUACAAAUGUACAAGCAGCAGGCAUAUUGGUUGGCCUCUACAAACACAAAUGAUGGGAUAUCAGACACACAGACACGCACACACACAGUGGGCCUGUACAGAUACAAACAUGG